GAUUGUAUACACCUGUGUCCAUGGAGGGGAUUGGAACACCUGAAUCACAUGAUAUGGAGGAGAUUGGAGCACCUGAAUCACAUGAUUGUGAGAAGAUUGGAGCACCUGAAUCACAUGAUAUGGAGGGGGAUUAGAACACCCGAAUCACAUGAUUGGGAGGGGAUUGGAACACUCGAAUCACAUGAUAUGGAGAGGGGAUUGGAACAGCCUGAAUCACAUGAUAAUGGGAGGGGAUUGGAACACCCGAAUCACAUGAUUGGGAGGGGGAUUGGAACACCCGAAUCACAUGAUUGGGAGGGGAUUGCGGAACACCCGAAUCACAUGAUUGGGAGGGACAUUGGAACCCCCGAAUCACAUGAUUGGGAGGGCGGGGACAAUAUAGUGGAAUUGGAUCACAUGCAU